AUGGACGCCCUCUUCGACCGCGCCGCCGCUGUGGACGAUGAUGAGGAGGAAGAGGAGUUUGACGAAGAGACCGGUGAAGCUAUCGAGAGACCUCGCAAAUCUCGCAACGCCAACGGCGACCUCGACGACAGCUCCGAAGAGGAGGAGGACGAUGACGAGGAAGAGGCGCGGCGGAUUCGCGAAGGCUUCAUUGUCGAUGAAGAUGAAGACGACGACGCUGCGCUCGAGCGUAAGCGGGAGCGGAAAAAGCGGAGACGCGAGGAGAGGGAGGAAGACGAGGUGCUGGAUGAGGAAGAUCUGGACUUGAUCGGCGAGCUGUACCCUGAAGCGGACAGGCGGCAGGCCGCGCAGAGCAAAUUUAAGCGACUCAAGCGUGGACACAGGGAAGAGCGACCGGAGAAGGUGUCGCGAGGUGUGGAGGACAUCUUCUCUGACGAGGAGGAUGGUGCAGACACUACGGCUGCUACUCGUCCGACGGGAAGGAGCGCGUUUGGGUUCGGUGAUGAUCUGGACGACUUCAUUGAGCAGGAUGAGUUCCCGGAUGAAGAGGGCGGGCAAGUGGAUGAUGACUUGGGAGUGAGAGCACCCAGACGGCCAGGUUUUGCGGAUCUGCAGAAUCUGAAAGACUCUGGGCUCAGCGAGGAAGACAUGGAGCUGAUGCGCGACGCUUUUGGAAACGGAGAAGAGUUCAUGUGGGCGCUCGAUGUCGAGGCCGAGCAUAACGAGGACCAGCUCGACCCGGAGAAGCCACUGGAGUUGAAGGAUGUCUUCGAGCCGUCGCAGCUCAUUGAGAAGCUUCUCACCGACGACGACAACCAGAUCCGGAUGACCGAUGUUCCCGAACGCUUCCAGCUCGCUCGCAAGCCAUACAGGGAUCUCUCGGAUGUCCCAGAGGAAGGGAUGGCAGAGCGCGCGACAGAGGAGGCCAAGUGGAUCUCGAACCUGCUAUUUCCACGCAAGCGCCUCGCUGGCAGUCUUCGUGCGCCGUUCGAGGCUGCAGUCAAGAAAGUGCUGCAGUUCAUGAACGUGAAUGAUUUCGAGGCGCCAUUCAUCUUCCAGAAUCGCAAAGACUACCUCAUCCACUCCGAGCAAGUGCCCGUGAGCCCCGAUCCCUCCAGACCCGACGCGCCAGACUAUCAAAUGCGAGCAGAGAAGCUGCUCAACCAGUCCGAUCUAUGGGACUUGCUCGAGCACGACCUCAAGUUUAGAGCGUUCGAAGAGCGAAGGGAGGUCAUUCGAAAGAGCGUGGAGACAUUGAAGGAGAUAAUACCUGAUUUCAACGACUCAGUAUUCGACGAUCUCAUUCCCAAGGCGGAGCAGCUGGACGACUUGCAGGACAUACAAGACUACCUGAACUUCCAGUACUCCAGCCAUCUCAAGGAUGCAGCGAUUGCCGAAGCGGAAGCGAACGGCAUGCAGAAGAGGGCCAGAGGAGCACGCAGUCGCUGGGACCAGGUCCGACAAGGCCCAGCCUAUCACCUCGUUCGCGCUUUUGGUAUCACGGCAGACCAGCUCGCGGUCAAUGCGGACAAGUCUGGCCGCCGUACCUACACUGAUGACCCAGACAUGCGUCCUGAUGAUAUGGCAGACACGCUUGUUCGUGACCCAGACUACAAGACGGGCCAAGACGUCAUCAACGCCGCGCGAGCGAUGUUCGUGGAGGAGAUCGCCAUGAACCCAAGGAUGAGACGACACAUGCGUCAGCUGUUCUAUGUCUCCGUCCGCUUCGAUGUCCACCGCACUGACAAAGGACUGAAAUCAAUCACUGAGGAGCACCCAUACUACGACUUCAAGUACCUCCGCAAUCAGAAAGUCGAAGAUUUCCUCAUCGACCGACCUGAGACAUUCCUUCGCAUGCUGCAGGCAGAGCGUGAAGGACUUAUCGAAGUCCGCGUGCGGUUGCAGGGCGAGAGGAAAGUACGGGAAGAUCUACAGAAGGCGAUCGAAUCCGACAACUUCUCUGAGGUGGCCGAUGCCUGGAACGUCUUCCGACGCGAAGUGGUCGAUCUCGCGAUCGGCAAGCUGCACAAGGUCAUUGCGAAGGGUGUCAAGGACAACAUCAAGAAUGAGUGCGAGAACAAGAUUGCAGGCCAGUGCAGGGAUGCGUACCAUCAGAAGCUGGAUCAGGCGCCGUUCAAGCCGAAGGGCAUGGUAUUGGGCACGACGCCGCGGGUGCUUGCGCUCACGAAUGGACGAGGCAACCGGGAUGAUGCGAUCUGCUGGGCUUACACUGACGAGAAUGGACGCACUCUCGAAAACGGCAAGUUUGGAGAUCUAAGGCUUGGAGAUAUGGACCGUCCAGUACCCAUACCUGACCCUGCGGAUGUUGGCGUCUUUGUCGAGCUGGUGGAGCGUCGCAAGCCAGACGUUGUUGCUGUGUCUGGUAUGUCUGUCGAGGCGCGCAGGCUUUACAAGGAUCUACAGGACAUCAUCGAGAAGCAUCGCCUGCUCGGCACGCCCUGGCAGGAUGAAGAGCGCGACGAGGAGAUGCAAGAUCCUCUUGACGUCGUUAUCGUUACUGAUGAGGUCGCGAGGCCCUACCACACUUCCGACCGCGCGGCGAAGGAGCAUCCGAGUGUUCCACCGCUCACGCGGUACGCAAUUGCACUGGCGCGGUACAUGCAGAACCCUCUCAAGGAGUAUGCUGCACUUGGACGAGACAUUGUCAGCAUCUCCUUCGAUGUCAACCAGACAUUGGUACCAGAAGAGAAGCUGCUCAAGUACCUUGAGUCAGCUAUGGUGGACAUGGUCAAUUUGGUCGGCGUGGACAUCAACGAAGCAGUUAACGACCCCUACACUGCCAACCUCCUCCCCUACGUCUGCGGCUUGGGACCUCGCAAAGCAGCACACAUGCUCAAGGUCAUCAACCAGAAUGGCGGCGAAAUCGCAACCCGAGAGGAACUGAUUGGUGACGUUGAUAACAACAAGCGUCAGGCAGUCAGCCCGAAAGUCUGGGAGAACUGCGCCAGCUUCAUUUAUAUUGCCUACGAUGACUCCGAUCCUACGUACGACUAUCUGGACAACACACGUAUCCAUCCCGAAGAUUACGACCUCGCGCGCAAGAUGGCAGCUGAUGCGCAGGACAUGGACGAAGAGGACAUCAAAGCCGAAACUGACGAGAAUGGCAUGAACGCGGUCGUGCGCAGGCUCUUCAAGGAGGACAAGCGCGACAACGUCAACGACCUUGUGCUGGAAGAGUAUGCUACGCAACUUGAACAGAACUUCGGCCAACUCAAACGCGCCACCCUGGAGCUCGUGCGAGUGGAAUUGCAGAACCCGUACGAAGAGCUGCGCUCAGACUUCGGCUUCCUCUCCACCGACGAGACAUUCACCAUGCUCACCGGCGAGACACGUGAAUCUCUAGCGGAAGGCAUGAUCAUCCCCGUCUCCGUCAAACGCGUCUUCCCCGCCUACAUGGACGUCAAGCUUGACUGCGGCGUCGAUGGCGGCAUCAGCGAGGGCGAGUACCCAGAGGAUAUUGCGAACGGUGGCGCCGACCCCAAGAACGUCUGGGCUCCGCACCAGAUCGUACGCGCGAAGCUGACAUUCUUGGAUCGGAAGAAGUUCUCCGCGCAACUUACGCUUCGUGAGGGACCGAUGAGGGAGCCGUACCGCAGGAUGUUGGACCAUGCUCAGGAUGAGUGGGACGAAGAGCUCGAAGUCCGCGAUCGUAAGGAGGCGAAGAAGUUGAUUGAUGCUGGCGCCGUGCGUGCACCUCGUGUGAUCAAGCAUCCGCUCUUCCGACCCUUCAACUCACGACAAGCGGAAGACUUCCUCGCGACUCAAGGAAGAGGUGAUUGUGUUAUUCGACCUAGUAGCAAGGGACCGGAUCAUCUUGCCGUGACGUGGAAGGUGCAUGAUCAGCUGUACCAGCAUCUCGACGUGCUGGAGCUGGAUAAGGAGAAUGAAUUUUCUGUGGGAAGAGUGUUGAAGGUUGGCGGCAAAUGGACGUACUCGGAUCUGGAUGAGUUGAUUGCGCUGCACGUGGAAGCGAUGGCGAAGAAAGUCGAGGAGAUGAUGGGGGAUGAGCGAUACCAAGGCGGUUCGCGGACACAGACCGAACAAUGGCUAACCACCUACACCGAAGCCAACCCCAAACGGUCCAUGUACGCCUUCUGCCUCAACUCCAAACACCCAGGCUACUUUGACCUGUGCUUCAAAGCCGGGCAGAACGCGCCGCUGUCGGGGUGGCCGGUGAAGGUGAUUCCGAAUGCUUUUGAGUUGCGGGGCCAUGCGUAUCCGGAUAUGCGCGCGUUGAAGAAUGGGUUUAAGUUGUUGUUUGCUAAUCAGGGACCGGCGGCGGCGGUGGGGGUUAAUGGGGUCGCGGGGAGGAGGUAG